CUCUGCUCGGCUGCUUUAUCUAAGAUGGGUGCGCAAGAGGCAACUAGCAGCCGGGGAGAAAUAUUUUACUUUAAACUAGGGAAUUUCUAACCGCGGAGUUAACGGACAAGAGUACACGACGGAGUUAGAAACACUAUUUCCGCUGAGGAAUGGUAUCGUGGAUGAGUUGCUAUUUAGUCAGCUUCUUCGUCUUGGAUCUAUACGUGAUGAUAAGAACACAGCAAACACAGCUUCCAAGCGCAGCUCUCACCUCAUCCUUUUUCCCGACUCUACAUCUCCGGGCUCCUUUUGAGAAAUACUAUGUUGGCCCAAGAUCCUUCCCUGACAAAUUGGCCUGCUGUGGCUGGCUAUGUCUCGGCGCGCAAGGACACUUACCCGUUCAUCGAUCCCGCCAGAGCUGACCUGGCGGGCAAGUCGGUCUUGAUCACAGGCGCCUCCAAGGGCAUCGGCAAGGCGACCGCGAUCAGCUUUGCCAUCGCGGGCUGCUCGAAGAUACUGAUGCUCGCUCGUUCGGACCUGACCGACGUUGAGACAGCCGUUCACAACGCCGCCAUGAAGGCAAACCGUCCCCAGCCAUUCGUGCGUUCCCUGAAGGUGGACGUGACCUCGGAGGACUCAGUGCGAGCGGCCGCAGAGACCGCAGCAGAAGUGCUCGGCGGCAGCCUCGAUGUACUGAUCAACAACGCGGGCUACCUGGAGGAGUGGAAACCCAUCGCCGACUCCGAGCCACGCGAGUGGUGGCGGACUUGGGAGGUCAACAUUAAAGGCACCUAUCUCGCCGCCCACUUCUUCGUUCCACUGCUGCUCAAGUCGCAAACCAAGACUAUCAUCAAUAUCAGCAGCGGUGGUGCUCAUGCCAUGUUUCCCGGUGCGUCGGCCUACCAGACGACCAAAUUCGCCCUCUGUCGCCUCACCGAAUUCAUGGACACAGAAUACUGCCAGCAGGGUUUGAUCGCCAUCUCGCUCCAUCCGGGCGCCGUCAAGACCGAGCUGGCCAUGAACAUGCCGCUAGAGAGGCAAUCCGUCCUGACCGAUACACCGGAGCUGGCCGCCGACACGCUGGUCUGGCUCACCCGUGAGCGACGCGACUGGCUUGCAGGCCGAUUCGCCUCGGUGAGCUGGGACAUGGAGGAGCUGGAGCAGAAGAAGCAGGACGUCCUCCAAAGAAACUUGUUAAAGUUCCGCGUGAUGAUUUAAGCCGGGCGGCGCACCCUCCAAGGCUCUUGUGACACUUUCUUUUCAGC